ACAAGAGAUCAAUUCAAAAACACACUUCGCUGUACUUUUCUUCUUUUGAAUCCAAAGCCUUGUCUUUUAUUUUAUUUAUCCUCUCUGUUUCCCUUUUUAAUUACCUCUCUGAGUCAAGUUCAUCAGAAAAUAUUCAAAGACGACGGCUUCGUUUGAGAUUUGAUUCGUUUCACUCUUCUGGUUAAGAAGUGUCCAGAGACUGAAGUAUCCAUUGAAUGAUAUAGUUCCUGGUGAGCUUAAUUGGUUUUAGGACAUGGCUAACCGAACAGACAACUCCAGUCGCUGUUCGAAUGGUAAAAAGACAAAUGAUGGAAUGAGACUCAUCAUAGCAACAUUCGUAGGAAUAGUUAUCGGUUUCUUCGUGGGGAUAUCAUUCCCUACAUUAUCACUAACGAAAAUAAAUUUUCCCUCUGGCAUUCUUCCCUCUGUUGAUAUUGCUUACGUAGAAGAUGAGACACCAGAAACAUCAAGUGAAACACUUUUGCAUACAUGGUCAUCUAGGAGUCCGUUACAUGGGGCUAAUUCGAGUGAUGCACCGCAAUGGAAGAUUUGGGUUCCAUCGAAUCCCCGAGGUGCAGAAAUGUUGACUCCUGGUAUCGUUGCAUCUGAAUCAGAUUACUACAUACGCAGACUUUGGGGAUUACCUGAGGAGGAUGUUCCUGUGAAGCCAAAGUAUCUCAUUGCAUUUACUGUCGGUUUUGGUCAGAAACUAAACGUUGAUGCUUGUGUUAAGAAGUUUUCAGAAGAUUUUACAAUUGUUCUGUUCCACUACGACGGACGAACCACAGAAUGGGACGAAUUUGAAUGGUCCAAACGUGCAAUACACGUGAGCGUGCCAAAGCAAACCAAAUGGUGGUAUGCUAAAAGGUUUCUGCAUCCUGACAUUGUGGCACCUUAUGACUAUGUAUUCAUCUGGGAUGAAGACCUCGGCCUUGAAAACUUCGAUGUACAAGAGUACAUCAGGCUUAUAAAGAAACACGGUCUAGAGAUAUCGCAGCCUGCUGUGGAGUCUAAAAAAAAGAUCACAUGGGAAAUAACAAAGAGAAAAACCAAAGGAGAAGUUCACAAAGAUGCCAAGGAGAAACCAGGUCGAUGCAACGACCCUCAUUUGCCUCCCUGUGCGGCGUUUAUAGAGAUCAUGGCUCCAGUAUUCUCAAGAGAUGCAUGGCGUUGUGUGUGGCAUAUGAUUCAGAACGACUUGGUUCAUGGUUGGGGUCUUGAUUUCGCACUCCGUAAAUGUGUUGAGCCUGCACAUGAGAAGAUUGGAGUUGUGGAUUCUCAAUGGAUCAUUCAUCAGUCGCUUCCUUCUCUAGGCAGCCAGGGAGAGGCACAAGACGGUAAAGCAGGGUGGCAAGGGGUGAGAGACAGAUGUAAACGGGAAUGGACAAUGUUCCAAAGCCGAAUGGCGAGUUCCGAGAAGAAGUAUCUCAAGGAAAUCGCAAACUCAACGAUUCAUUAGCAGAUACUAAAGAAACAGAGAGACAAGUGAAGAAUUGAACAAAAAAACAUGGUAGAGACCAGGAAUGUUUUUAAGUGUUCAUAUGAUGACUAAUCCAAAUUAUAUUGUUCAUAUGAUGAUUAAAGAACUAUAUACACACGACACAGUUUUGAAAAAACAAUUUAGAGAUUUAUUUUCUUUC